AAGCAUAUUAUUUAGAAUUUAAAAAGCUAGAUUAGAUAUCUACACAUGUGAACUCAACUCUGCACCCAAACACAAACAUAUUAACUCAGACCAAAUAAAACUCUAUAUCUCGAAUACAGACAUGUCAGAUAUAUUAACUCAACCAAAUAACUUUGCAUCCAAAUACAGAUAUAUGAACUCAGACCUACGAACUAAAUUGAAAUAAAACAUAGAACUUUUUCAUUUUUUCUUUUAUCAAAGUAGUAUUUAAAGCUAUGAAAACAUAAUUUAAGUGAAAGAGAUAAGAAAGUAAAAAGGUGAUAGAGAGCGAAUAACUGAAACAGCUCCACUUUGAGGAGAAGCAAAAUGGCUUCGUCCUUGUGCUUGCAUUUACAAACUUGCUCACACCUCCGUUACAUUGCGGCUGCAAAGGCGGCGGCGCCGUCGAGGGUUGCAACUGCAAACAAAACCUUAUCUCUGUUCCUAAAACGACCAUUUCUUCCAAACUUCUGUUUACCAUCGGGCUCUUCCGCCGACCUUUGCGAGCGUCAACCCCUCCGGAGUCCGGAAUUGGUGGCGUUGGAAUAUGCCGACCUUAAUCUCUCUCACAAGAUCUUCGAGGAUUCCGGCCACGUUAGAAUCAGGCAGCAUGUUAAUCCUCUUAGCUCUUCUUUCUCUGUCCCUACACCAGCACCAAACUGGGAUGAAGUCUUCAAGGACCCUACAUUGCCCCUCAUGGUUGAUAUAGGAUGUGGUAGUGGCAGAUUUCUCUUGUGGCUUGCAAAAAGGCACUUUGAUUCAAGAAAUUUCUUGGGUCUCGAAAUACGAGAGAAACUGGUCAAGCGUGCUGAUAUCUGGGUUAAAGAGUUGGGAUUUAGCAACGUACAUUUCAUGUUUGCAAAUGCUACAAUUUCUUUUAAACAGAUUAUAUCAUCAUAUCCUGGACCCCUGAUGCUGGUUUCCAUCCUGUGCCCAGAUCCUCAUUUCAAGAAACGACAUCAUAAGCGAAGGGUUUUGCAGAAGCCUUUGGUAGAAUCUAUAGUAGACAGUUUAAUGCCAGGCGGGCAGGUUUUCAUACAAUCCGACGUGCUCCAAGUGGCAGUUGACAUGAGACUUUUGUUCGAUUCCAAAGCCGAUGUUCUCAAACACAUCGACAAGCUUGACCAGAGUCUUUUGUGUGAUGAAGAUGGAUGGUUGUUGAACAAUCCAAUGGGAAUAAGGACUGAAAGAGAAAUUCACGCUGAAUCAGAAGGUGCAAACAUUUAUAGAAGAAUGUAUCAAAAGUAUAAUUGACGAAAGAAUAACUUACUGAAUGGAUUGUUCAAUGAUAAUCUGUUUGCAUUUGAGUCAUCACUGCCUCAAACAUAUCGUUAUUGGGAAGUUAUAUAAUCUUUUCUAGAAAUAUAUUUAUUGCACAUUUAUAAAAAUAAGAAAACAUAACUUUUUCUUGCUAAA